AUUCCGAAACCAACUGCGCGGCGUUUAGCGCGGUUCAGUUUGUACGCGUAGGUCCGUCUGUUUAAGCGCUAGCAUAAGAUAGGCGAAAGCGUGUUACGGACUUCGCUCCUUAAAAUUCGACCCCUGCUGCUUUUGUUUCGUUGAUUUUUUUUCAGUCCCUCACCAUGAAUUUCAACAGUAUCGCGCGCUAUCGCCCGGUGCGCGGGAAAGCCAGACAUUCGGGCAGACAUCAUAGUUUUCUGCAGAUGCGCCUCGUGGAACGUACGAUGACUCUGGGCAAAAGCAGCGGCGUAAGGAGGGUAAGCUUGAACAGUGGGCUAGCGCGACUAUGAGUAUGCUCAGACAGGUGCGGAGCACCAUGCAGUUGUAAGGAGCGACCAACCGAAGAAUCCGUAUGCGCGGCUGCUAGCAAAUGCUCGUGCAAAAACCGCAGCAAAACUCCAGACACGGAAGGCAGUGACGUGUGCCGUGGGUCACCAUCCCUUUGUGAGUACCGACACAUCCGCAUUGAAAUCACUGACAAUGACCACAAGGGCAGUGCCGUCGCAGCUAAGUCACUCAAGGAGGAAAUUCACCUGGACAACUACUGAUGUGUCUUUAAAACAAGCUUCAAUUUGCAGGUCUUGACAGUCACUAUCAUGUCAACCUUGAAGAUGCAUAUGUGCCACAGUAACUGUCUUGGCAUGCACGUCAUAUAUACCGUGGAAUCUACCAGGCUCCGGCCGUGCUCAUACUCUUCGGCGUCGUAACUCGUGUAGUUCAGCCGGCGUUUCCUAGGACUGGCCGAUGCUGUGCGACUGGGCGAGCUGCCGUUGGAUGUUCCGAUGGGCUUCAUUGUCGACUUGCCGUGUCAAGGCGUCGAAAAGGCGACAUCGGAUACAAUAUUACGCGGGCCAUAUUUUGCAAGUUGGGCGCGAGACUAUUAUGCAUCAGCGUUCGAUAUGUAUGCUCGCGGUAGCAGACGACAUUCUUUAUGCGAAACAGCGGCAUAUGGGAAACAACACGUACCUUCCUGAUGCAGGGCGAAGUCGUUACGUCACGUGAGUAUACCCCCCUUUUUACCACGAAAGCGCUCGAAACUUCUCGGUCGGACCGUCCAUGACAACUAUCAGAUAGGAGAUGGUAUUUCUGGAACAUUAAACGUGGAAUGGUGUCACAUGGUGUGCCAGGAAAUGAUUUUAUUUGGAGGAUGGUGGCGAUCAAUAUUACAGACGAAGCAACCGCUUGUGUUGCUCUCGCGAUCGCGACAGAAAAAAAGAAACGUUCUUGAACUGCUAAACCCUCACAAAGUGUUUCACGAUGAGAUUAUUUUGAACGAAGCGCAUUCAUCCUCGCUACAAGACAUCGAAAGUUCAUGCAUAAGAUAGGUAACUACGGUGUUGUCAAAAGUUCAAGGGCUCGCGAGCAGACGAUGCGGGAGUCUUCUCGACGCUUCCGCUCGCAAGGGACCAAUCGCGGAGCGGCUCUCCUGACGUCACCGACCCACUUUGGCCUCAUUGGCUACCGCGGCUCGCGACACAUCUGGGCGUUUCUAGAAAAGCGCGCGAACGGUAUAAAUCGCGCGUCGCGUCCCCAGUGCAGCAGAUUACUCAUUCACUGCAACGAGUGAGCAAGUGUUCUGAACGGAACGCAACUACCACAGCACAAUCGUCAUGCCUAGCGGCAGAAAGUCUGACGUGCCGGCCAUCGGCAUCGACCUGGGCACCACGUAUUCCUGCGUGGGUGUCUUCCAGCACGGCCGCGUCGAGAUCAUUGCCAACGACCAGGGCAACCGCACGACGCCGAGCUACGUAGCCUUCACGGAUACGGAACGGCUGAUCGGCGAUGCUGCCAAGGCGCAGGCGGCCAUGAACCCGGAGAACACGGUGUUCGACGCCAAGAGGCUCAUCGGGCGCCGCUACGACGACCCCAAGAUACAGGAAGACAUACGCCACUGGCCCUUCAAGGUGGAGAACGACUGUGGCAAGCCCAAGAUCAGCGUCGAGUUCAAGGGUGAGCGCAAACGUUUCAACCCAGAAGAGAUCAGCGCCAUGGUUCUGACCAAGAUGAAGGAGACGGCGGAGGCAUACCUGGGAAAGCAAGUGAGCGACGCUGUCAUCACGGUGCCUGCUUAUUUCAACGACUCGCAAAGGCAGGCCACCAAGGACGCCGGUGCCAUAGCCGGGCUAAACGUGCUGCGCAUCAUCAACGAACCGACCGCAGCCGCCCUCGCGUACGGACUCGACAAGAACCUGCGCGGCGAGAAGAAUGUCCUCAUCUUCGACCUGGGAGGCGGAACCUUCGACGUCUCCGUGCUGACCAUCGACGAGGGUUCCUUGUUCGAGGUCCGAUCCACAGCGGGAGACACGCACCUGGGAGGCGAGGACUUCGACAACCGGAUGGUCGAACACUUCGUGCAAGAAUUCCAGCGCAAACACCGCAAGAACCUCAGGGCAAAUCCGAGAGCGGUGCGGAGACUGCGCACCGCCUGCGAGCGUGCCAAGCGGACCCUGUCCAGCUCUACCGAGGCGAGCAUCGAGAUUGACGCGCUUUUCGAAGGCAUCGACUUCUACAGCAAGAUCACCCGCGCCCGGUUCGAGGAGCUCUGCAUGGACCUGUUCCGAAGCACGCUCGAACCGGUGGAGCGCGCACUCAGCGACGCCAAGAUGGACAAGUCGCAGAUUCAGGACGUCGUGCUGGUGGGCGGCUCUACGCGGAUCCCCAAGGUACAGAAGCUCCUCCGGGACUUCUUCAACGGCAAGGAACUGUCCAUGGGCAUCAACCCCGACGAGGCUGUCGCAUAUGGAGCAGCGGUGCAGGCGGCCGUCCUGAGCGGCGACUCGAGCGAGGCCAUCAGGGACGUGCUGCUGGUCGACGUGGCUCCGCUGUCCCUGGGCAUCGAGACGGCGGGUGGAGUGAUGACGCGCAUCGUGGAACGAAACACGCGCAUUCCUUGCAAGACGUCCAAGACCUUUACCACUUACUCGGACAACCAGCCCGCUGUCACCAUCCAAGUCUUCGAAGGCGAGCGUGCCCUCACAAAGGACAACCACCUGCUGGGAACGUUCAACCUGAACGGCAUCCCACCGGCGCCUCGUGGCGUGCCCCAGAUCGAGGUGACCUUCGACAUGGACGCCAACGGAAUCCUGCAGGUCUCGGCUCGGGACAUGAGCACGGGCAAGCAGGAGAGCAUCCGCAUCACCAACGACAAGGGCCGCCUCUCCAAGGCGGAUAUUGAGCGCAUGCUCGCUGAAGCCGAGAAGUUCAAGCAGGAGGACGAGGCGCAGCGUGAGAGGGUGGCUGCUAGGAACUCUCUGGAGUCUUAUGCCUAUGGAGUCAAGCAGGCAGCUGAGGAAGCAGGAGACAAGCUGUCUGCUGCAGAUAAGGACUCUGUGCUCUCUAAGUGUCGCGAGACCAUUUCUUGGAUCGACGCCAACAGCCUGGCUGAGAAGGACGAGUACGAGCACCGGCUCAAGGAACUGCAGCAAGCCUGCAUGCCCAUUAUGAGCAAGCUACAUCAAGCGCAGGGACCAAAGCACAGCUCUGCACCGGAACACUCCGGACCCACGAUAGAAGAAGUGGACUAAACGAAUGGACUGUGAUCUAGUCAUUUAUCCUUCAUAGUUAUAUGUAUAUAUGUAACUCAACUUUUCAUAGUAAUCUAGUUUAUGAAAUUUGUUUGGCCGUUUAUUGAGACACCACAAUAAAGGGACGUGUUAAAAAAA